GCACGCAUCUCGAAUAAUCUCGAUCAUCACGCGCAAACUAUGCUCACGCGCAGACCGAACGAUGAAGCGCCUACCUAGACCUGUCUACCUAGUGUCAUUCCUGUUUCUCAUCAUUUUCCUCUAUCAAACUUCAAAAGAAUUACAAUCAAAAAACAUAUUUAAAUUUGAUAUAAAACAAUACUUGGAAUCAAGGGCGGACGAUUUGCAAAAAAAAGAUGCAGUCAGUGAUAACAUUAUAGUAAGAAAUUAUCUAAAUAAAAUAAAUGAAGUUAAGAAUAGUGGUUUGAAAUAUAUUUUACUCUGGACCAGUCCCAAUAAUUUACCUUUUGCGUAUAUGGGUCGAGGCCGAGAGGUAUUUGUACAGAGAAGGUGCCGGUAUACAAAUUGUUUCGUCACAAAUGAUAAGAAAUUACUCCGAGAUGUUAGCAAGUUCGACGUCAUCGCGUUUGCCGGGCCUGAAGUAGUCUACACACCGAAUUCAAGAUUAAUUCCUAACAUACGCUCUCCACAUCAGAAGUAUGUGUUUGCGAGUAUAGAAUCAGCGGGCUACUACCCGGUUUGUUCCAACAGGUUGGAUAACUUUUUCAAUUGGACGUGGACCUACCGUUUAAACUCUGAUAGUAGAUGGGGCUACUUAGUAGUUAGAGAUGCUGAACAUAAAGUAAUAGGGCCGAAUAUUGAUAUGCAUUGGAUGAAGUUGGACGAUAUGGAUCCUGUUAGUGAAGAAUUAGAAGCACUGUUGAAACAGAAGACUUUAGCAGCAGUAUGGUUCGUGUCCAACUGUAAAUCGAAAAGUAGCCGAGAGAGACUUGCUAUGUAUUUGGAAAGUGAACUGGAAAAAUACGGUUUGACCUUGGAUAUCUUCGGUCAAUGUGGGACGCUCAAGUGCGAUGGAUUUGAUUGUUUUAAAAGGAUACAGAGGCAUUAUUAUUUCUAUCUGUCGUUUGAGAACUCAUUUGCUGAAGACUACGUUACCGAGAAACUGUUACAUGCCCUGAGAUACAAUGCGAUUCCUAUUGUCUAUGGAGGUGCAAACUAUACGAGGUUCAUGCCAGACGGAAUAUAUUUGAAUGCAAGAAAACUGGGGGUGAAAAAGCUAGCUAGAAGAAUGAAAUACCUCAUAGAUCAUCCGAACGAGUACAAGGAGUAUUUCCGAUGGACGAACCACUACACUUAUCACGGAAGAAACGAUGAUGCCGAGACAGACGAUUACUGUGGUUUCUGUGAGCUUAUGAACAACGAGGAGUUGGUGAAAAAUACGACCAUAUAUAAGCAUUUUAGGGAAUGGUGGAAUGACCCCCACCAUAACUUGCACUGUCAGAUUUUUGGUUAAAUGUGGUGGUGUGGUAUUCGACGACCGGUCUGGCGCAGUCGGUAGUGACCCUGCCUGCUGCGUCGCGGUCCCGGGUUCGAAUCCCGGUAAGGGCAUUUAUUUGAGUGAUGAGCACAGAUA